AGCCUGCUUCAUUCAUUCAUUCAUUCAUACUGAAAUCACGAAUUCUCUCCAAGGGCAAAUGAGAAAAGAAGCUUACAUAUAGCAACAGUAUUCACCUUUUUCUUAAUUUAUCCAAAUAUCUCACCAAGAAUACUUACUUAGCCGUAGAUAAUUACUUUGCACGGUUACUACUUUUACAGUAUCCUGUUUCUUCUAGUUUAUAUUGUGGAUAGUUCCCUUCCACUACCUAUAUUAUCCUUUACAUCAUCUUCCAACACAACCAUCGUCCAGAUUACAACCCACCACAACUUGAACUCCAACCUCGACCUUAAUAACUCCUCGGAUUUGGAGUGCUUUUUGAAUCACAAUCUGUGAUUUAUCACAAAGGUGCUGAUCUGGCAGCCGAAAUCAUACAACGAAAGCUUGUCCCGACUCUCCUUCAAGUAACUGGUUUAAUUCCACUGAUUCCUGACCCAUUUCGAAUUUAUUUCAAAACAACACAAUCUUAUCUUUUCAUCGCGUUCAUUGAAAAAUAGUCAAGAUGACGGUAGCUACCAGGACGGUUGUUAUGCCUCCAGUCCCAAAUCGGGAGGACUUGGAUGCGACGUUCGUACUUGAUCUUUCCAUCUCCCCUUGCCCCCUCGAUCUUAUCGUAUCCAACAUACUAACUAUGAAUUUCUGCGAUUUAGAUGGAAAUACCUCGAGGCUGGAGUAUCAAAAGUCAUGCUACAAUUGGCAGAUGGUGUUGAUAUGACUACUGUAGGUGCCCGAUUCCCAACUUCCUCCGUUCAUGGUGCGCAUUUACUGACUUUUUCUCUAUAGUAUAUGGGAGUAUACACGUAAGCACUCCGAUAUGCAAACUCUGACAGCAUCAUCUAACCCCUGCAAUAGAGCCGUUCACAAUUUCUGUACAUCACAAAAGGCAGUCAGCAAUACUGGUCCAGGAGUUAUUGGGGGCGCGCAUCGUGGAGGUGAAGCAUGCACAAUUCCAAAUAUAAGACUGCCAUAUACUCAUACAUCUAUAGCACAUCUUCUCGGCGAGGACUUAUAUAAAAAUCUCAUCUCCUAUCUAACACAAUAUCUCAAGGAACUCGUUCUCGCCUCUAAAACACACGUCGAUGAAGCUCUCCUGAGUUUCUACAUUCGAGAAUGGGACCGAUACACGACAGCAGCAAAAUACAUCAAUCAUUUGUUUCGAUACCUCAAUCGCCAUUGGGUCAAGCGGGAAAUGGAUGAGGGAAAGAAAAAUAUCUACGAUGUUUACACUCUACAUCUUGUUCAAUGGAGACAAACUUUAUUCCAAUCUGUUCAUGAAAAGGUUAUGGAUGCUGUUCUCAAAAUGGUCGAGAGGCAAAGAAAUGGCGAGACUAUCGAGCAUAAUCAAAUCAAGGCCAUCGUCGACUCAUUUGUGUCACUUGGGUUAGAUGAGGCAGAUCCUACUAAAUCGACCCUCGACGUUUACCGAUUCCACUUCGAGAAGCCAUUCUUGGCAGCCACCGAGGCAUUCUACAGAGCCGAAUCGAAACAAUUUGUUGCGGAAAACAGCAUAGUGGAAUAUAUGAAGAAAGCCGAAAUUCGAUUGGACGAAGAGGAAGAGCGCGUUAGAAUGUAUCUUCACCAGGAUAUCAUCAUCCCAUUGAAGAAGGCCUGCAACACUGCUCUCAUUGCAGACCACUCCGUAAUUCUUCGAGAUGAGUUCCAGGUGCUUUUGGACAACGACCGAUACGAAGAUAUGGCACGUAUGUAUAAUUUGUUGGCAAGAAUUCCUGAUGGUCUUGAGCCCCUCCGUACCAGAUUCGAGGCCCACGUGCGCAAAGCCGGUCUUGCAGCAGUUUCGAAAGUCGCUAGUGAGGGUGACAAACUCGAACCUAAGGUUUACGUCGACGCUCUUCUUGAAAUCCACACACAAUAUCAAGGUCUUGUUAAGCAAGCAUUCAAGGAUGAGCCGGAAUUUACUCGAUCUCUUGAUAACGCUUGCAAGGAGUUUGUCAACCGCAAUGAAAUCUGCAAAUCUGGAUCCAAUAAGUCACCUGAAUUGCUUGCCAAAUACGCUGAUUCGUUGCUAAAGAAGAGUGCCAGCGGAGCUGAGGAGAGUGAUAUUGAAAACUCCCUUACACAAAUUAUGACAGUCUUCAAGUAUAUUGAGGAUAAGGAUGUAUUCCAGAAGUUCUACUCUCGUAUGCUUGCUCGAAGACUGGUCCAUACUAGCUCUUCAUCGGAUGAUGCCGAGACAAGUAUGAUCAGCAAAUUGAAGGAGGCAUGUGGAUUCGAAUAUACCAACAAACUUCAACGUAUGUUCCAGGAUAUUCAAAUUUCAAAGGAUUUGAAUAGUGGCUUCAAGGAAUUUGAAUCAGGAAUUUUCACUGGAGGCGAAGAUAAGCCAAUCGAUGCCAGCUACUCAAUCUUGGGUACGGGUAUGUGGCCUUUGAAUCCACCGAACACAGACUUCACUCCACCAAUGGAAAUUUCUAAAGCCUAUGAGCGUUUCCAAAACUUCUAUAACCAGAAGCACAGUGGUAGAAAACUCACGUGGCUUUGGCAGUUGUGUAAGGGUGAGAUUAAAGCAAACUAUUGCAAAAACCAAAAGACUCCAUAUACUUUUCAGGUUUCGACUUACCAAAUGGCAAUCCUUUUAUUGUUUAACGAGAGCGAUAAGAAUAGUUACGAGGAUCUCGCCAAGGCAACACAACUACAGGCUGAUGUCCUUGAUCCCAUACUCGGUAUCUUCCUGAAAUCCAAAGUCCUUACUAUGACUCCGGCAGAUGAUAAGCCAGGACCAGGUAAAACCUUCCACUUGAAUUAUGACUUCAAGAGUAAGAAGAUUCGUGUCAAUUUGAACAUUGGUAUCAAGUCGGAGCAGAAGCAGGAGGUUGAUGACACCCAUAAGACUAUUGAGGAGGAUAGAAAGUUGCUGAUGCAGGUAUGUAAUUUCAUUCAUGUAUUACGAUUGAACUCCCACUAACUUACUUUUUAGUCCGCUAUUGUGCGUAUCAUGAAGGCACGAAAGAGGAUGAAGCACAGCCAACUUGUUGGAGAAACGAUCAACCAGAUCCGCUCCCGAUUUACACCUAAGAUUCCAGAUAUCAAGAAGUGUAUUGAUAUCUUAUUGGAGAAGGAAUAUCUCGAACGACUUGAUGAAGAUGAGCUCGGAUAUCUUGCAUGAUUCAUGAAUUUUUCUUUAACCAUACAUCUCUUUUCUUAGAGAUUCAUGAUGAAUGACAUUUUAUGAAUUGACGGCUCAUUGAAGUUGAUUAUAAAAGUUAGUAGCCCUCACACGACAUUGGCAGAAUUUGGUAUUAGUUUCCUGCUAGUUAUCUUUUGAUCACAAUCAAUGGAUGAGAGGCAAUAAUCAGGCGUAUUUAUGCAUUUUUCAUCGUUUUUGUUCAUCUCCUUUCUGGUGCCAGUCUUGACAAAUUUCAUCGGGCAUAUUUGGGAAGGAAGGGGGAGUUGAGAGAAAGCUACUGGUUGCUUGUUGUGAAACACAUUUUUGUGUUCUACACUUGAGUUUUUCCUGUCUUUUAUUUUUUAUUUAUUUUUUUCCUUUUUUUGAUACCGCGGAUACCUAACUCAUAACUUUGCACAUCACAUUGGGGAAAUUUAGUUCUAUGGUUCAGAACGAAAAUACUUAAUAUGGAUUGUGCAGUGGGUAGGACUCUAGGAUGGAAGGUAUGGAGGGAUGGAGGCCAGACUGAGGAAUGAAUGGUCUGAGGGUUGAGAGGUGUUGUGAUGUUUAGGAUGAAGAGGGGUGGAUGAUUGGGAGGAUGGAUGAGCAUUCGGAAGCGAAAUAAAUAGAUGUGUUAAUGAAUAGGUGAAAGUUUUAGCAGGACAUCUCGUAGACCUGCUUAGGUAAACCUUCCUAGGUUGGGUUGUAAAACGAGAAAAGCGUAUUUAUAUAAUAAAAUUAAAUA